AUCUCCCACAUAUUCCCCCAAGGAGCCCCACAUAGAGAGAUGACGCAGCUAUCUGCUGGAACUUAUCAGAACGAGGCUAAACGGCUGGGCUAUCAGCACUAGAGAAAAAUUCACAAUUUAUAUCUUUAAAAAAUCACAGUAUUUAACGUAAAAUCAAUACUAAUUCUUCACUUUUAUAAAGAAAAGAAAUAUUUAGGAUAACAUUUCGGAGAAUUUCAAACGAAAGAUGGAAACACGAGGUUUGGGCGGAAAUGACGCCGAACGGGAAAGUGCGCAUGCGCACCCACCGGAAGACAAAAUAGACAAUGUGGUAAACAAACUGGAUACACAGUUGUCGCGCUUUAGCGAAGCAACAAAAAACAUCAAAACAUUGGCAACAGCAGUUGCGGAAAUGCGACAGGACAUUAAUGAAUUGAAAAGAAGACCUUCUUCAAUAGAAAAGGGGCCAACACCGGCCAAAAAACGCAUAAUUUCUCUGGGAGAGGAUUAUGAAAGAUCGAACAAUUCCGACCCUUCGCCGGCUACGGCAACGAUUUGCACGGCAACAAUACCUGUCGCGACAGAUUCAGAUUCAGACGGGGAUGACGAUGUUGAUAGAGUUGAUGGAGAAAUGAACGAUCCCUUAAUGGACUAUUUUAAUGGAAAUCAAAAUGAAAAUGCCAAUGAAGAUGACGAAUUUGAUCAAUUAGAACAGUUUUUUCAGACUGUUGAAGAAACUGACGGGCCUGUUGAGAGCCAGCUUGCAAAAAUAGCGGGACUAGCGCUGAGGGGGCGAAGCAAUAAAUUAUCCACACAGGAUGAGGAGGCCAUCGAGACUUACAAAAAGAAAUAUAAAAGGCCGGAAAACAUAGACUCACUACAAGUACCAAAACUAGACGAUGUCAUUUGGAGAGAUGCCAAAAGUGGCAUAAAAUCUUAUGAUUUUAUGCUACAGAAGACGACUUCUGCUCUGAACUUAGCACUGAUACCAACAAUUAGGGCAUUAGAAAACAUCAAGAAAAAUGGUGACGUGCAUCGCACUCAAGAGUUUGUUAUGGACACUUUUAAAAUUUUGUGUCUUCUUGUCAGGGAGACGACAGCAACAAGGGCAGCCCGUAUCAAAAAAUGGGUUCCACCACAAUACAAGUCAGUUUGCGACCUACCUGCUAGUUCAAAGAAUCUGUUUGGCGACAACCUGGAAGAGUCGAUAAAGAAAUUAGAUGGACCAAAAAUCAAGAUGACUGCUUCUAGGAUUCCUUUUUUAGGGAAAAGAGGGGGGAGGAACUACAGCAACAACAACAGAUCAUCAAACUACUCCCCCGGAUACAGCAACAACACCAACUAUCAACAACAAAGACGUGUAUACAAACAAAAUCAACCGCAACAGCAUCAAAGACCAAAACAACACCAGAGGGGUGGGAAAAGAAACAAUCAACAGCAGAAACAUUAAAUGAUUCUAAUAGACAGAGUUUUACAGAAAGUGCAGGAGGACAAGACCGAAGCAGUAUUAGUAGCUCCUGUGUGGCCAACACAAAGUUGGUGGCCAAGUCUGCUGCACCUGAUAUGCGGACCCUGCUUCAAGCUCCCAAG